CCGUGCCCUCUCCAUCCCACCGCCACCCGCCUCGGUCCCUCACCGUGCCCUCUCCAUCCCUCCGCCACCCGCCUCGGUCCCUCACCGUGCCCUCACCGUGCCCUCUCCAUCCCACCGCCACCCGCCUCGGUCCCUCACCGUGCUCUCUCCGUCCCUCCGCCACCCGCCUCGGUCCCUCACCGUGCCCUCUCCAUCCCUCCGCCACCCGCCUCGGUCCCUCACCGUGCCCUCUCCAUCCCACCGCCACCCGCCUCGGUCCCUCACCGUCCUGUCUCCCUCAGGGCCUCAGCCACGCGCCUCGGUCCCUCACAGUGCCCUCUCCCUCCCUCAGCGCCUCAGCGACCCUCCUCGGUCCCACACCGACCCGUCUUGGUUCCCCUCUGUCCCCUCAACGCCUCAUCGCACCCCGGUCCCUCAGCGCCUCAUCCCGCCUCAGCGCCUCGGUCCAUCACCGCCCCGCAGCGCCCUGACUCGGUCCCUCAGUCCCCUCCAUCCCGCCUCGGUCCCUCAUUCUCUUCAUGCCGCCUCAGCCCCCCACCACCUCCCUUAGCCCGCCACAGCCCCUCAGCCCUCACCACCUCGCCUCGGUUCCUCAGCCCCCCACCGACCCCCCGUCACCGCCCUCCCUUCACACAACCACAGGAUUGUUAGAGCCGGAAGGGACUCUGGAGAUCAUCCAGUCCAGCUCCCCUGCCAAGGCACGGUCACCCCGAACAGGUGACCCAGGAACGCGUCCAGAAAUUUUAAUUCAUCUUUGUGAAACACUAAAUUGCAGGAGCUCUUCCCAGGACAGCUGGGCGUGGAGCAGCACAGGGAGCAAACCCAUCACUUCAAGCAGAUCUCUAAGAAAGGACUGAGGGAUGGAAAAUGGGCAAGGGAACGUGCAAGGCUGUGGAUGGUGAAUUCCUACCACUCUGGAAUACAGAGAAGAUCGUGACUGAGUCACACAUGGAACAAGUUUAUUCUCAGUCAUCAGAAUGGCAGAGCAGGAGAGAAGCAAGUGGCUGAAUUCCAAGAAAGCCAUGGAGUGGAAGUGAAGGUUCAAACAGCUUGUGUUUAGGGUUAGUGUCUGUCAGCUGUGGGACAGGCUGCAAAAAGAAGCAUUGCAGAACCAGGCAGUGAAGACACAGCCCAUAAAAGGCCAACUGCCAUUGUGAUUAUUGUAGAUUCAGAAUUGCUGUUGAGAAGGAUGUUGCAUACAAGUGGAGUGGUUUCCUCUUUCAACUGAAGCCAAACCAACAGCAUUUCAUCAACUUCUUUUCCCUCUUCUUUACCCCAGCUGUGUGAUCUAAUACAGCAGUAUGGAUGCUGGAAGCUUGGCUCAAAAACCAGCUGGAUACAUUGAUGGAACGAAAAUACUUAAUGAGCUACCAUUAAAUAUAGACAUCACCUCUGUUUGUCUGGGAGAUAGGACCCUGGAAAUAAAGGAAUUAUCCUGAAUGCA